AUGUUUGCCGCUGUGUUGCGGUCGCCCGAGCUUCUGGCGAUCAUCGUCAGCUUCCAAGCCGGCGUCUCGUGGGACCUGCGCCCGCUCUCUCGCUACUACAAGACGACGCAUGCGACUGCGCCGAUGGUCCGGCGCGCGUCGUCGCAGCGGACCACUCGGCACAUGGUCAAGGCGAUCGAGAACUUUGCGCGCUGCUUUGCGCCAUGGCUCGCGGCCCACGGCGCGUCGAGCUGUCGCCGCCUCUUUGCCUCGCUCCCGAGCCUCGCGCCGCUCUGCUAUGCCCACGCCAUCUACUUUGGCCAUAUCCCGCUGCUGCAGUACAUGCACGCGCACCAUCGCCUCGCCGCGGCGAACGGCCAAACCACAGUCCUCGUCUACUUGCAGGCUCAGCGCUACGCCGGCUUUGGCGCCAAGACCUUCGAGUGCGCUGCGACGCACGGCGACGUCGGACUGGUCGCCUACCUCUUGGCCGCCCACCGCGCGAUCGCGCCGCCGCCAUCGGCACUACUGGCGACAGCGGCGAGCGCGGGACACCUUGAUCUCGUCGAGUACCUCUGCCUCAACCAUGCACUGGACCAGCCGCGGCUGCCCGACGCGAUGGACAAUGCAGCGGUCCAGGGCCAUCUAUCGGUGCUGCAGCUGCUACACGCGAAUCACUACACGUGCUCGAGUGACGCGAUCGACGGCGCGGCCGCCAACAACCAUCUCGACGUACUGCGCUUCCUGCACACACACUGCGCCGCGCGCGGCAGCGUCCUCGCCCUCGCGGCGGCGGCCAAGCAUGGCCAUGGCGACGUCGUGCGCUACCUCGUCGAGACAGCGGGCGCGCCGUGGGACGCCGACCUCCUCGACACGGCCGUCGUGAGCGGCCACAUCGACGUCGUCACGUACUUGUUCCCGCGCCGCCACGAAAUGCAGCUCGUCGUGUCGACCGAUGCCUUUGACGACGCGUGCGGGAAGGGCCACGUCGACGUCGUCACGUACUUGCACUGGCACGUUUCGCCGCGGGAGACGUCGGUCUCGGCGCGCGCCAUGGACACGGCUGCCGCCAACGGGCACUUGGGCGUCGUCGCCUUUCUCGAUACGCACCGCAACGAAGGCUGCAGUCACUUGGCGCUCGACCAAGCGGCGACCGGCGGCUUUCUCGACGUUGUCAAGUACCUCCACACCCACCGCACCGAAGGGUGCACGACUGAGGCCAUGGACAUGGCAGCUACGAACGGCCAUUUGGACAUUGUUGAGUAUCUGCAUGCCAACCGGAGCGAGGGCUGCAGCACGUGGGCGAUGGACUUUGCGGCCAAGCACGGCCACGUGGCGGUCGUCGCCUUUCUCCAUCACGCGCGGCGCGAAGGCUGCACCGAGGACGCGCUCAACAUGGCCGCGCAGCACGGCCAUUUGCCUGUCGUGCAAUUCCUCUGCGUCCACCGACGACGCGAUGGCAACUUGCGGACGGCGCUCGCCAACGCGCGGGGGAACCACCACGACGACGUUGCGCAGUACCUCGGCGCUCUGCUUGCAAAAGAGUCGCCAUCGAUUGAAUAG